AGGGAAUGAGUUGAUCAUGAAGUCCUCGUGAAGGUCCCGCCCAUGAUUGGAAUGGCCUGCAGCUGGUGAAAGACCAACAGGAGCUCAGCUUAACAGAUAACCCACAAGUCACCAAAGUGGAGCUACAUGUGAGAACUGAACUGUGGUUUCUAUUCUAUGCUGGUGGGAGAUGGCGAUGAUGGCAGUUUGGGCAGCAGUGCUAAUGACGUGUGGAGUCUUCACAGGAGUUGCAAAGAGCUCUGCAGAACCUGCAGCGUUAAAAGGUCAAGUUCCACUGGAUUUGGCUCCAAACGCUGUUGAUGACAUGUACGCUGGUUGCAAAGACAAGAUGGAGUACAGAGUGAAGAAGGAGUACCUGGCGAAUGAGAAAAACAAAAACAAGAAUUUCACCCUGGCCUGGGGCGAAGCAGAAAAAUACUACAACAAGAAAUGGAAGCGUAAAACGGGAAAGCGACCCUCCACCUCUCUGGGGAAAGAACAGAUCAUGGCUAUUUAUGCUUAUACCCUCGACAAACCAAAAAUCUAUCUCGACUUCAAUUAUGCAGUUCGAACCCAGAAAUCUAAGUACAAGACCACGUUUCGAUAUCACACGCUUCACUUCUUCCUGACUGAUGCCCUCCAAACUCUCAACGCCCGCAAACCUGAAAAGGAAAGAUGUCUCACUGGCUACCGCAGAGUGGACAGCUACUUCAGCCAAGACGUUCUCAACAAGGUGAUCCGCUUUGGCUCGUUCACCUCCAGCUCGAUGGGUUGGUACCCCAGCGCCGAACGAUUUGGAGACAAGUCAUGCUUUGAGAUUAUCACGUGCUCCGGAGCAGACGUCUCUCUGUUCUCUAAGCUCGGGGAGUCGGAGAGAGAAGCCCUGAUUCCUCCUUAUGAAGUCUUUAAAGUCGCAAAGAUCGAGAGGAGGUCUGGCCAAAAGAGUCUUCCAUGUGAGGUGGUCUAUAAACUGAAAAGCGCAGGAAAAGCUCUCUCAAAUUUGAAUUGUGCUCUUUUCUGAAAUAAGCAGUGUCGUGCAUUUAACAUACUAAUGUGUGAUGUUAACAAAACAUGCAACAUAAUAUAUUGGGCUGCACCAGAAUUUCUCAUUAUUCUCAAAAUGAAUGUGGAUAUGAUUUAAAUAAAUGCAUAAUGUCAUUUUUGACUAGUCUCUUAAUAUACAAAUAUAGCCAGUAAUUUUUUAAUAUCUGAAUGACUAAAACUUUAAAAGCCAAGUGGUCAGAAUUUAAGAGGUUGUGAAAACGUAUUCAGAUCUCUGUAUCUAUUCUAAUGCAGCUGUGUUCUCUUGUAUAAUCGAUGUCAUCUGCACUUUGAUAAAUUUAAUACAUUAAAGAAAAACAAUUGUAAAAUCCUGUCAAAUGUAAUAAAAUAUUUUUGUUUCACAAA